AUGCCUCCUCCCAAUUUCAUGGAGAGUCCCAAUACAGUGCAAACGUCUCUCUAUGGGUACGAUAAAAGCAAACGAGUACAGAUGAAUAGUCUCCGUGGAAAGCCGAUUCUUGUUCUCCGAGGAGAACCAGCGGGUUCGAAAGCACAGUUCGGAGGAGGGUCUAAAUUUUCAAAGAAAUGGAUCGACAGAAGCAAUCAUAUGCCUCAACCGGUUCCAAACAAACCAAUGUAUCCUUCGUAUACACACUUUCAUCAUCAGUAUUCGUCGGCAAAACAGACACCAAUUCCUCCAAUAUCCCUCCCCAGCACCCCGACGAUCCCACCGGGAAGAUCUGCUUUCUUUCCUCAGUCGCCGCAUCGAAGAGGAUCUCGUCGUCCCCCGUUCUCACCGAUUUCCCGGUUUGCUCCAACUAGUCCCAAAUCGCUCGAAGAGGAAAUGACAGUGAAACGCUUGUUUGAUAAACUAGAAGUUUCCACUCCACCCCCGACAUCUUCAAGUUCUUCGUUCGCGAACAUCACUAGUGAUAUUACACUUCUCGAAUUACACCCAAAGACAUCAGCGAAGACAUUCACAACCACGUCGAUUUGCGUAUCGGAUACAGAAAUAACAUCUACCUCUCCUGAUUCUUCAAACCGUCCUUCCCUUUUGGACACACCAAAAAGUCUUUCAGAAUCAAACAGGACUUUCUCGGAAACCACUCGAUUAGAUUCUGAAACUACAGAUGAUGAGCAAUCAUCGAUUUGUACAACAAGCAGGACGGCUGAGAAAACGAGCAGACAUAUAUGUCCAGAUGAAGCGCAGUGUAUUAUAUUUCGAAACGGAGUAUGCGCCGAUGACCUGAUGGAACGGCAGAAUAUGAUUCAGUGGUACAAUGAGUUGAUUCAAUGGCGUCACGAAGUUGUGACAAGAAGAUGCUUCGGACCACCUCGAUGUCACCCGCCUCCUCUUACAGUAACAAUCAUCGGAGCAAGUCGCGCGCAGAGAGCAAAUUCGUUCCAACGUAUUGGCAAUAUUCAUCCAUUCCAAAUGGAAGCCAUGGAUCAUGUUCGACGGAGGAUGGACGCGAAGAAAUCCAAUAGACUCGUUCCGGCCGAUCUCCCACUACCUGCACCACACGAAUUCAUGGCUAACGCAAAAUGUAUGGAACCUCACUUGUUUAUCGAGUAUUGUUAUCAGUUGACGGCAGCUGCUUACAUGGAUACCGGACUGAACCCACCGAGUCGUCGUCCUCCCAUUCCUCCGCGUAUAGAUCCGAUUCAGCAACAUACUAGCCGAGAGUCCAUUUGUUCGUCAGCAUCAGAAUUUUCGUCCGAUGGUGAAUAUUCUGAUGAUUCUGAAGAUACAAAAGCAGAAAGAUUGCGCCAGAAAAUGGAGAGACAUCGUAAACGCGAACGCCGUCUCCAAAGAAUCUUCCAACGCCGUCAGGUUCUCGACGAAAUAGAUGAAGCAGAUGACGAUUGA